AUGACGAGACUGGUUCCUGAAAGCGAGGAAAACAGAAUGGAGCGCUUUUCGAGAAAUUUGUUGAGAUUUGGUCAUCCAAGAAGCAGAUACAUUUUGAGAAGAGAGAAAGACGGGUUUCUGGAAGGAAGAAUAGUUCAAGAUGGUGCAGAAGUCGAUGGAAUCCCAAAAGGAGAAAGAACAGCUCCUCAGCUGGUGCACAAAGGAAAUCGUUCGCGAAGCUACUGUGGAAUCUACCUUGGCCCGUAUCUUUACAUUCCCUUUUUCACAAUUAUCAAUUUGCUGAUCAUAAUUUCGGUGCACAUUUACUACUUUACCGGUGAUCGCUGCCCCGCGAACGGAUGCGAGUUAAACCAGUUCAAUUAUCGAGCGAUGAUCAAUUCGCCGCUGAUUCUGAAGCCAAAAAUCUACAACUCGGCCGAGCUUUGGCGACUCUGGACAUAUCAGUUUUUGCAUUCGGGGCUGGAACACAUCAUUGGAAACUGCGUUGUUCUUCUCAUCCUGGGCUUGAUUCUAGAGCUGAUCCACGGCCCCGUCAGAAUCGCCAUCAUCUACACGACUGGCGUCAUCACCGGCGGAAUUCUAGCGCUCUGCGUCACCCCCUGCCAAUCCCUAGUCGGCGCUUCCGGCGGAUGCUACGCGCUAAUGGCCUCUUUCAUCGCGAAUGGAAUCAUGAACAUGGACGUAAUGGACUUACUCGUAAAGCUGCUUCAUUUUUUGCCAAUUUCGAUCUUUAUGGUUUUUGAUGUUGGGUACACCGUUUACAUGGAGCUCCAUGCGUCGGGAUAUCAAGUCUCUUGGGCGGCUCAUCUUGGUGGCGCGAUUUCAGGCCUGGUUAUUGGAAUCGUAACCCUGAAAAACUUUGAAAAGCUUCCCUACGAAAAAACUCUUCAAUGGGUCUCAACAAUCUGCUUCGCCGUCUUCUUCCUGUCAAUGGCUGGAUAUUUGCUUGCUAUUGGAUCUGAAAAUCCCUGCGGAAUCGGCACGAAAAACUACGAGUUUCAUAAAGAAAGUGGCCUCAUUUCUGACUUCUACGGCUAA